AUGGCGGUUCUAACAAGCGCUAGAUACGGCAAAGACCUCAUUCGCGUCUUUCGUGUUGUUCGGGAUGGCGAGUUUCACCAAGUUGUGGAAUACAAUGUGACAGUACUCCUGGAAGGCGAUAUCGAGACCAGCUACACGGUUGCAGACAACUCCGUUGUUGUCGCAACCGACUCUAUGAAGAACAUCACAUAUUAUCUUGCCAAGACCUCACCCCACAUCCUCAGCCCGGAACGGUUCGCAUUGCAUCUGGGAACCCACAUCGUUUCCAAGUAUGCGCACAUACACCGUGUAUUCAUUACCUUGGAGAAGUUGCGUUGGUCUCGCAUUGCCUUGAGUGCAAAUGACCAUCCGCACCCGCAUUCGUUCGUUAGGGACGGGAACGACAGACAGACGGUCGAGGUUGAGGUCGAUGCAUCUGCUGGCAAGGACAAGCUCUCAGCUAAAGUAACUUCGGGGAUUACCGAUCUUUUGGUGCUCAAGUCGAGCGGUUCUGCGUUUUAUGGAUACAUUCACGACGAGUACACCACGCUGCCGGAAGUGGACGAUCGUAUUUUCUCUCCCACCGAUGACAAGAAACUGGAUUUCACUGUCCCAGAGGGCUUCGCACUCGGUAGCGUUUGGGACGCAGUUAAUGUUGCGACACGGGCGAGAGAUGCGACGCUUGAUAUUUUUGCCCUAGAUGCCAGCGCUAGUGUGCAAGCAACGUUGUUUAAGAUGGGGCAACGCGUCAUCGCGGAAAACUCGGGCGUUGAAUCCGUCACGUACAAGCUGCCAAACAAGCACUAUAUCCCGGUUGAUAUGAAGUAUAUCGGGGUGGAUAAUACUACACCGUUGAGUAUCAUUCAUUUUUUUUCUUUCAGCGCCUAUUGGCUUUCUUUCGGGUUGAUCUCCGCCACGAUCUGUCGCAAAUAG